AUGCCUUACACUCCCCCUUCCCAGCGGUCGCCGGCCUCAUCCAAGACUAACAGUCCCACCCUGAGCCGGAACCACUCCUAUGUCGACCAGGCUCCCCGCUCGCCAGCUACAUCGCAACGCCCCUCACUGCCCCGCUCCGUCUCAUCAACCUCAUACCUGGCCAAGUCGCGUCGGUCGCCGUCCUCUGUCACCAAUGACAACACCGCCGCAAACGGCCAACAAGGAACUGGAAGCGUAGACGUCAAGUCUGACGCUAGCCGCCAUGGACCUUCAACUAAUGGUGCGAUCACGACUCCUCCUGAUUCCUCGGACGAUGAAGAGCGCGGUCGUAGCAUCGGAGACCUACGUGAACUCCAACAGGCACUCCAGCACAUUGACCAGAAACGCAUACAUUCGCCUACUCGCGAAACAACGGAGAACGUAAAGCAGGCAAGGCCACAACCUCCUGUCACUGUGGCGCGCACACUAUCCGCCGAAGCACGCAAGAUUGCACACUCGCGGUCCUCUAGCGAGAUCAUGCUUUCACAACACAUGAUCCAUCCCAUCAACACUGAAACACUCAUCAGCUCAUCAGAUGGCAGCGAUGCCGAGGACGAGGAGCUGCGGAUAAAACCGCCGCUACUGCGCAAGAAGUCUGGCGAGCUCGUCAAGCCUGCUCUUCGACCCCCGUCCCGCCGCCGCCCUUCAAGCAUGCCUGGUACCCCAACCUACUCCAAAGCAGUCCACUUCAACGAGGACAUUGAGCAGGUUAGGCAUUUCCUCCAGGUUGAUCGGCCCAUCGCUGUUAGUGCAGGCUCAUCUCCCGUUGAGACUUACGACAGUGAAAGCGAAUAUCCCUUCGGCGAAGACUCGCGCUCCAAGACACCUGAAUGGGAGAUCAAGCUGAUGAACUUCCCUACACAAGAGACAUAUGAGAGGCAAACAGCACCUGUUCGCGUGGAGCGAAUCUUCCUUGCCUCCGAUCAUCAGACGCUGGUCGGCAACAUCGCAGUAGCCAACCUCUCCUUCCACAAAUUUGUUGUGGCUCGAUUCACAUUAGACUACUGGAAGACCACCUCGGAGGUGGUUGCUGAGUUCAACCAGGAUGUUCGCAAGAAGCAGAAGGAGGACGGUUACGACCGAUUCAACUUCAAUAUCAAGUUGGCUGACCAGGCAAACCUCGAAUCCAAGACUCUGCUACUGUGUGUUCGGUACCAGGUUAAUGGCCAAGAGUACUGGGACAACAACAACUCGAUGAACUACCAGGUUGACUUCUCAAAGAAGAUCAAGCAGCGUGAGAGUAAGCGCCCGACAGCCAGUCUCGGCGCUGUUCCUCGUAGCCGACACUCACCUUUGGCUCCCCGCCCACGUUCCAUGCCUGCUGCUUCUUUCGACGACGACUUUGGUCACGACAACGAGACCAGGUUUCAGUUUGGUAGCGGCCGUGCCAUCAUUGCUGAAUCACCCAACUCGUCGAUCAAGCUCAAGCCCAGGAGUAAGCGUAGCAGCAUCUACACAGCCCAGACCUCAUCUCGUCCACAAGUCGCUCAGGCUUUUGCCUCUCGCUAUGACUUCGGUGCCUCCCUGUCGGCUGCUCUUUCCACUGCCCAGACGGCACUUGGUGACCGCAGCGGACUCAAGAUAAACACCCACGGCAAGAUGAGCAACGGUUACUUCGACCGCCCGGCCCCCGCUGUCAAGGCGCCUGCUUCUACUGCCCCUAUCCCUGGUACUCGCCCCGAUUCUCUGACGCUUGAGAAGCCUGAUCUUGAGUCUGCCGAGUACAACGAGUUGAUCCAGAAGUUCUGCUUUUUUGGCACACCCACUGGUAAAACUUCUCCUAACGUCACUACGCCUUCAACAAAGAACGCACAUGGCGACGGAGCCCAGGAUUACGUGCUCACCCACACUACUGGAAGCAAUCAGUCUUCGGCUACAAGCAGUCCUCCAUCGCCUGCCAUGCCCCUCAUGGUUGACGGCGCGAGUGACCUUGUCACCCCUCGAAGCUCAUUACCCUUUGUCUCUCAUCAACCCUCGUCUGGGCCUCUUACCGGCUACUCACCCGAGGAUCAAUACACCUCUCAAUAUCAGUACGGCUACAAUAUGCCAAGCGGCGUCUUCAUCGAGCGUAGCCAUACACCCCAGGCUUGCGUUUAA